AUGAGACAAUCACCACUUUAUCUAGGCUUCGAUCUUUCUACCCAGCAAUUGAAAGGCGUUGCAGUUUCUCCAGACUUGAAGGUCGAAUAUAACGCCACCUUCGAUUUCGAUCAAGAUGCAGCAGAUUUCGGUAUCAAGAAAGGUGUCUUGACCAAUGAAGCUGAACAUGAAGUCUUCGCGCCUGUGUUGAUGUGGCUUCGAGCGAUCGAUGUGGUACUACGACGACUGAAGGAUACUGGUCUGGACUUCAGUCGGGUGCAAGGCAUCAGCGGCGCUGGCAUGCAACACGGCAGCGUCUAUUGGAGUCAAGCCGGCGUGGAGGUCUUGCAGAAGCUUGACCACAUUCAGGGUCUUGAGCGACAGAUGACAAAUGCUUUCUCUUAUCCUUACAGUCCGAAUUGGCAAGAUGCAAGUACGCAGGCACAAUGUGACCUUUUCGACAAGGCUUUAGGCAAUGAGACAAACCUUGCACAGAGGACGGGGAGCAAAGCACACCAUCGUUUUACCGGGCCACAAAUCCUACGCAUGAGGGAGAAGCAUCCUAUUGAAUACAACAAUACUGCGCGGAUCUCCUUGGUCUCAUCCUUUCUGGCAUCGAUCUUUCUUGGUAAGGUUGCGCCUAUCGACAUCUCUGAUGCAUGCGGGAUGAAUCUCUGGGAUAUUGAAAACGACGAUUAUAAUGUCAGGCUUCUAGAGAUUACCGCUGGUUCAAAGGAUACUGCACAGCUCAGGUCACAGCUUGGGCACAUCCCUGACGAAGGCGGUAUCAGUUUUGGACGAAUCAAUAGUUAUUUUGUGGAAAGGUAUGGUUUUGAUCCGUCUUGUAAAAUCAUUCCCUUUACUGGAGAUAAUCCAUCGACAAUUCUCGCCCUACCACUACGUCCUCUUGAUGCCAUAGUGUCCCUCGGCACUUCAACAACAUUCCUGAUGUCUACCCCCUACUACAAGCCUGAUCCCGCAGUACAUUUCAUGAACCACCCAACGACUCCAGGUCUCUACAUGUUCAUGCUUUGCUACAAGAAUGGCGGCCUUGCCCGCGAGCAAAUCCGCGACUCACUUCCAGCUCCGAUCGACUCCAAUGACGCUUGGGCUAUCUUCAACAGCACCGCGAUAUCCCACUCACCGCUCAAUGCCCCCAACGCCCUUUCUCCCGCCAAAGUUGCCCUUUACUUUCCCCGUCCAGAAAUCGUUCCCAAUGUCCGAGAGGGGACCUACCGCUUCAUCUUCGAUCCAACCACAUCAACGAUUUCCACCAAUGAUUCAGAUUGGAAGCUGCCAGAAGAUGACGCGCGCGCCAUAUUAGAAUCUCAACUGCUAUCUCUCCGUCUACGCAGCCACAAUAUCGUUGCGCCUCCGGACCCCAAUCCAGAAAACCUCCCAGCUCAGCCAAGACGAAUCUACCUUGUUGGCGGAGGAUCUUACAAUCCAGCUAUCGCAAAGCUGGCAGGCGAGAUCCUCGGUGGCGUAGAGGGAGUCUAUAGGCUCGAUGUUGGAGGCAAUGCUUGUGCGCUCGGCAGUGCAUACAAAGCUGUGUGGGCAUGUGAAAAGGAGAAGGACGAAACCUUUGAAAGAUUCAUUGGGGAAAGAUGGAGGGAGGACGAAUUUGUGGAGAGGGUUGCAGACGGCUAUCAAAAGGAGUCAUUUGAGCGGUAUGAGGUUGGUGUAAAAGCCCUUGGAGCCGUGGAGAAGGUUGUUCUUGAGCGGCAGCAAUUGGAUGUGGGCAUGGCUGGCACCAGUGGUGCUGGCGCGCCGGCCAAUGCUCCUUGA